AUGACACUUCUCAGCAACAUCAACCCUCCUCUCACCCCCGGGUCACUGUCCCAGCAGAUGUCUGUCUUGGACCUCUUUCUUCCUGGUUUUACCAACAUCACCACUGCGGCAGGUCAGGUCCUCAGUGGCAACUUAACUGGCUACACUCAAUUGAUGUGCCUAUUUGCACUGGCCGCGUUUUUGAAGCCCUAUGUGUCCCAACUGAAAGAUUGGUUCCUUCAGCAUUGCACAUCAACAAUCUAUAUCAAAUCUUCGGAUGAAACAUACCACAUGGUCCAGACCUGGAUCUCAUCUCAAGGAUUGGAUGAUACCGCCCGUUCUAUUGUCGCUAAAGUCAAAACCAAGCAAAAUCCUACCCAAGGACAUGACCCCCACGCUAAAAAAGCUCUCCGGUAUGCCCCUUGGGAAGGCUCCUUUGUCUUCUGGUACAAACACAACUUGCUCUACUAUCAGACUACACAAGUGGAUGUUGGUUUUCACAAAGAAGAGCAGAUCUCCAUCACCUGUGCUGGGCGAUCUGGAAUCUUGAGAGAUCUUCUAGAAGACUGUCGACGUGGAUACCUUAAUGAAUCAAAGAAUAAGACGACCAUUCAUGGACAUCGCGAUGAAUACUGGAGAAAGGAGAAAGCGGUGGCUGCUCGGCCUCUGUCGACAGUCAUUCUUGACGAAAAGCAAAAGGAGGACCUGAUUAAGGACAUUCAAAACUUCCUCGACCCUGAAACUAGGCACUGGUACUCCCAACAUUCAAUUCCCUACAAACGAGGAUACCUCUUGCAUGGGCCGCCUGGUACUGGAAAAUCCAGUUUCAGUUUGUCAAUUGCCGGCGAAUCAGAUAUGGAUAUCUACGUCGUCAGCAUUCCCGGUGCAAACGAUCAAAUGCUAAAGGGCCUAUUUGCUGGCCUUCCAGACAGAUGUGUCGUCUUAUUGGAGGACAUUGAUGCAGCAGGAGCUGCAUGUUCCAGGGACUCUCACUCAGAGGACUCAGACAGCGACACAGACACAAGGCCACAAAGGAGGGGGGUGACUCUUUCAGGCUUACUGAACGUCCUUGAUGGUGUUGCCUCUCAGGAAGAUAGAAUCCUUAUCAUGACAACAAACCAUCCCGAAAAGUUGGACCGGGCACUCACACGGCCUGGCCGGAUUGACAAAGAGGUUGAAUUUCAGCUUGCCAGCAGAGGCAUCAUCAAGGAUAUCUUCUGCUUCAUGUUUGGACAACUAGAGAAGAAGAUUGUACAAGUCAGUCAACAAAAGGUAUGUAAUGGAGAAAUAGAGAGUCAAGCGGAUGAGUUUGCCGCGAAGAUUCCGGAGUCCAAGUUCAGUCCGGCGGAGAUCAUGUCGUACCUUCUACUAUACAGGUCUUGCCCGGCUGCUGCAAUAGAGAAAUGCGGCCAAUGGGUGGAUGGCCUCCUUAAGGAGAAGCAGGCCAAGGAAGAUGCAUUGAAGCGUGGCAUGCGGAACCCCUCGUAG